GCGGCGGCGGCAGCAGUAUCAGCAGCGGCGGAGGGGGUAUCGGCCGUGGCCGCCGUGGCGUCGGUGGACGAUAGCCACGGACCACAGAAAGACGACCAGCCACAGUCGGGAGAGUACGCAGCAGUACCGUUUGACGAGAGACAACGUACCGCCGCGGCCACUGCGGUGGCCAUGGCCGCGACCAUGAUGCGGGAGAGGUCUGCCGUCGUGGCGGCGGCGGCUAUGGUGGUUCAACAGCAACAACAUAAGCAGCAACAACAACAGMAACAGCAGCAGCAGCACCACCAAAUGCAACAGCAGCAACAGUUGCACCAACAGCAACAGCAACACUGUAGGUCGUUAAUGGCCGCGGUGGCCAGUAGUGGUGGCCACGGAACCGGAACCGGCUCGGCGGGUUACGACUAUUAUUCGUCACCGCCACCCGGCUACUACAGCGGCGCCGUGGACGACGAUAACGGCGCGGACGACGACGCGGAAAACGGCGGCUGCGACGAUCACGCCGACGGUGACGGCAGAGACGGAAUAKUGGACAUGAGCGGAGCCGGUGGCGGCCACGACGCUUCGGCGGACAACGACGACGAUUGCUACGGUGGUCCGCCAUCCGCGGGUGGUACCAACAAAAGGAAACAGCGCCGGUACCGGACCACGUUCACCAGUUACCAACUUGACGAGCUGGAGAAGGCGUUCGGCCGUACCCACUACCCGGACGUGUUCACCAGGGAGGAACUAGCGUCGAAAAUUGGACUGACCGAAGCCAGAAUACAGGUAUGGUUCCAAAACCGACGGGCGAAAUGGCGCAAACAGGAGAAAGUCGGUCCACAGGCUCACCCGUACAGUGGCGGCGGUGGCAAUCCGUAUUUGGGCGUGCCGAGUUCCAUGUCUGCCGGCCGCCACAGCCCGUCUGGGGCCGCGUUGAGCCCGCUUCCGGCMAACCCACCGUUCAUGAUGACGAGCGGUAUGGGAUUGGGUGGCGGUGGUCCAUUGGGAAUGGGUAACAUUGGUCUCGGUAGUCACCAUCUACUGCACGCCGGCCACCAUCACCAUCACCAGCAGCAGUUACAAGCCGCGGCUGCUAUGGCCGCUGCAUUACGCGGCCACCACCACCAGCACCAUCAUCCGGGCAACGGUGGCACGGGCAGAUCGCCGCCACUACCGCCGACGUCGCAAGCCCUGUCGACCGUCGCCGCGGCCGCAAUGGAACUGCAACUGCAGCAACAGCAACAGCACCAACGCAGCAACGGGGCCGCCGCAGCCGCAGCCGCAGCUGCGGUCGCAGCGGCGGCAGCUAACUUCCGCGGUUAUCCGACUCAGCUGCAGCAGCAGAGAUCGCCACCAGGAAAUGAUAGCGCCUCGACCACCCCGCCUGCUCCUAACAACAACUCGCCGCCACCAACGAUUCCGCUCCAGCCGACGCUCUACCAUCCGGCACCAGUGGUCGCGCCGCCAGCUGUGCCGUCUCCGCACCAUCUCCACCAUCACCAUCCCUACGCCGCCGCUUAUCACCAGCACCUCCGCGGCGGCAUCGGUGGUCAGGGAUAYCAACACCAUCACCAACAGCAACAACAGCAACAGCAGCAGCAGCACUUCAACAGCUUGCUGGCCAACAUGGCAAUGGCCGCGGCGGCUAUGCGACCUUCCGCUGUAGUCGGCACAACAUGUAUGUGUUUUAUUGAAUGA